CCACUCUGUUCAUGUUCUUGUUGUGCAAGGACUUGCAUAUAUUGUCUUUGGAUACUAGCGGAUAAGUACCGAUCUGUGAUGUUCCUAUUCUCUCGCUCAAAGUCAGCUGAGAUAUGCCCUAUCUUCUGUGACCAAGAACAGGUUCACCCAUCAAAAUUAAUGACACAACUGUCGAACAACAGGAAUUAUAAUAUGCAGUUCUCUUGUUAUGACGUUCAAAUGAAUUUCAGUUCCUGUUCUGGGUUUUAAACAACAAAGGAAUUUUUUGAAUGCACUCUAUGUUUUUUUUCACACAGCUGUUAAGUGGCUGUUGUCUUCUAUAGGGCCGUUCGAAAAGACUUUACAGAAAAUUUGAUUGACAGCAAAGGUGGAAUCUUUAUGGCUGGUCUAUAAACACAGCAGGUAUUAGCACCAGGUAUCACAAACACAUACAGUAACAGUCCUGCCAGGUGUUUUUUUUUUCCUUUUCUUUUUUAAAGGCCACAGCGAAAGACACAGCAUGCAUCAAUUCCUUGUGAUUGUGCUCCUUGUGCCUCUUACAGCCGUUUCUCCGGCUGCUAUAAAUGGCGAUUAUGGCGGAAACGAAACAGAUUCAAGCACUUCUGAGAAGAUUGCAAGAGCAAAUGCUAAUACUGAGUUAAGUCACUUGACACACGGGGACAUAAUGAUGAAAACGGUUAAUGACGGAGGUGUUUUGAGGAAUGCUGUCCCCUGCACCGCCAACAACUGCAAAUGGCCUAAAAAAGGUCAAAAUGUCAAAGUGCCCUACGAAAUCACCUCUGAUUUUUCCAGGAAGGAAGCCAAAUCCAUAAAAAAAAUCCUGAAGGGCUUCAGGACAAACACUUGCAUUCGCUUCAUUAGGAAGAAGGAGAAACAUACGGACUACUUGUCUUUCAUCUCUGCUGAUGGGUGCUGGUCCUACCUUGGCCGGGUGGGAGGCAAACAGCAAAUCUCCUUGAAGAAAUCCGGUUGUUUAUUCACGGAUAUCAUGCAGCACGAGGCUCUCCAUGCACUUGGAUUCCACCAUGAGCAUGUUCGAUCUGACAGAGACGACCAUGUCACCAUUCAUUUUGACAACAUCAGACCAGGAUUGGAAUCCAACUUUAUCAAAUCUCCGACAAAUAACUUAGAGACCCCCUACGAUUUUCAAUCUGUGAUGCAUUACAGCAAGACAGAACGGAAUGCUCCAAAUGGAAUUAGUUCAGACGCCCCCAAGUUAGACUUAUGCGGGGUGCGCACCUCUGCUACUACUGAGAAAGGUGAACACACCUCUGCCACUGACAAGGAAGAUGAGUACGGGCACGCCGAAGCUAGUGUGGAGGGAGAUGGGGCGAUGAUACCACGGAGGCAGGGGGUCCUGGCCGCAGAGUCGUUGGAUGACCUUGCUGGAACAGGAACGAGCAACGGCAUCUUGGAUAUUGUCAUCGGAGCGGGGCGUAGCUCCAGUCGCGGCAUCUCGGACGAUGACACCACAGCAGGUGGGCACCCUGACAGCACCGUGAACGACAUCACAGGUGCAGGACAUAGCGCCGGUAGCGGCACUAACGAUGACGUCACCACAGCAGGCGGGCAUGCCGAUGGCACCGUAAACAACCUCAUUGGAACAGGAACAAGAGUUGGGAGCGGUGUCGUGGAUGAGGUCACCACCACAGGAAGUAGCUGUGCGCCCUCCAUAGCACAGCAACUCAUUGCCCCGCCCUAA